CUCUGUUCCUCAGUCAGUGCUGACAACUGGUCGCGCGAGCAAUGGAAAAUACGCCCAUCAAGUUUCCCCACGAAAUUCGCGAUGUGGAGGAGUCCACCAGUGCGGAGCUAUUGGACUAUUUCCAUGGUGAGCGGACUGGCUUCGUUCAAGUCGGACCGGAGGGAUACUUCUUUCCGCACAAGUACAAGGAGGAGGCCGAGAAGUAUUACAAUUUCGAGGCUCGAUCGGAUGACAUUUGGAUAGUCACGGUGCCCAGAUCGGGGACCACUUGGACGCAGGAGCUCAUUUGGCUAGUGGCCAACGGGCUGGAUUUCCAGCAGGCGCAGCGACGACCGCUCACCGAGCGUUUUCCAUUCUUGGAAUUCCCUCUUUUUGUGCAUCCCAAGGUGAAGGAGGAGUUGCAGGAGGAGAACAAAGAUUCGGCUGAAGCCCUGGAGUUUAUUGAGCAGAUUUCCCGACCGGGCUACGAGACUUUGAGUGAACUUCCGCGCUCGGAGCGGCGAUUUAUUAAAACCCAUUUUCCUUUUUCUCUGCUGCCGCCAAGUGUUAUGGAAAACAAAUGCAAAGUGAUCUAUGUGGUUCGUGAUCCCAAGGAUGUGGCUGUUUCCUACUACCAUUUGAACAGACUCUUUAGAACCCAGGGUUAUGUGGGAGAUUUCGAGCGUUAUUGGCGCUAUUUCCAGCAAGGAUUAAAUCCCUGGUUGCCGUAUUAUAGUCAUGUGAAGGAGGCUCGCGAGCAUGCCCAUCUACCCAAUGUGCUCUUCCUGCGCUACGAGGACAUGCUGGUUGAUCUUCCCGGCACCAUUCACAGCAUAGCUGGCUUCCUGGAGAGCCCCGUAAAGCAGGAGGAUCUCGGUAAGCUACUCGAUCACCUGAGCAUCAAAAGCUUUCGCGAAAACAAGUCUGUAAACAUGCACCAAAUGGCCGCCGUGGGAGUCCUUAACAAAGGAGAGGCGGGCUUCGUGCGCAGCGGGGCCAAGACAGCAAGUCAGCCACAGAAGGAGUUCAUUGACAAUCCCAAACUUUUGAACAGCGCCAACGAGUGGGUGGAACAAAAUGUCAAGUGCUUUAAAACCAUAUAAAAUACCUGGCUUUCUUGGCUAA